AAAUCCCAAAAAAGACAAGAAGAAGAACAACGUGCGCAUCUGACAAAUUUGUGGCUGGUGUAAAUAAAAAUCGAACUGACCCAACUUGUCGUUAACCGUUUUCUAUAACAAAAUCAAAACAUAGUUGCAUAAAAGCACAAUAAAUAUUGAGUGAGUUAUUUGCAAGGAGCAGAGCGCUUAAGUAAAACGAAGUAGACAAGCAAAGUGUUUAAUUAAUCGUUUCUGCAACUGUGCGGAGACAAAGGCGAUUGCGAACAAACAGCACACAUACACAUAUGUACAAACGCACAGACAAAAACACACACAUACUCACGCACACAGAUACACCUAAAUGAAAACCUUAAAAUUUUCACCAUUUACGCUGGCUAUGAAUAUGAUUUCAUAGCUUGUGCAUUUCAAAACUGAAAUAAAGCGACUGAAUUUAGCAACAAUAACAGCGAUAGCAAAAACAACAACAUUGACGACGAAGAAGAAGUGACUGCAAUAAAAAGAAUCUCAAAAGAGAAGCACCCAAGCAAAGGAGAAGCAUCAAUAAUUGCCACACGGACAAAGAACUCGGUGCAAAAGUGAAUACUAAAUACACAGAAAUACAAAAACAUACACACACAUAGGCAGCAGAAAAUCUAAUUCUGAGCUGGCCAAACAGCAAAGCGAAUUCCAUUUUUACAUAUACAUAUGUCAUCAACAUUCGCACAACAACAUUUGGAGCCGAAGUGAAAAGAAAGCAGACGCAGCGUUUUUUUUUAAGACUCGCUGAUAUUUGUUAUUUGCGUGGUAUCUAACAGCCACAGCAUGACUAUUAAGCCAGUUAGUGCGCCAAGUGGCAAGCGUGUCGUUGAUGCGGAUGCCACAGAGGCGCAUGUCGCUGGCCAGGUGGUUGUCGAGCAAUCUGUUGUCAACCAGGCACAUCGCAAUGUCGUUAUCGAUGGACAUGGUCAGAGUCCUCAGCGUCGUGGCGAGGUCUACGAGGAAUUGUCCCGCACCCAUCGUUGCAGCCCACACAAGAGCAGCUCUCGUUCAAAGCGUCGCGAGCAUCAUGACAGUCAUGCCCACCAUCACAAGCGGGAUCGCUUAGAGCGGGAGAAAUUGAAUCUGAAUCAUGUGUCGGUGGUGGGUAGCGGUGUUCCCGGCGUUGCCAACAACAGUCCGCAUGCCGCUGUGUCAGCUGCCGCUGCUACAUCCGUGGGUAAUAGUAGUCCAACGGCUGUGGGUCGCAAAUCGCCAGAGCAUUUGGCCAGCGCACCCAAGGCACAAACACAGAUGACUCCAGCGACGGCGGCUGCCAAUAUGCUCAAGGCUGUGGAGGAGACGUUCUCUGGCUACAAUAGCGGCGAUGAGCAUCUGCAGCCCAAGGAGCGUACCAUAUCGAUCGAGGAAUGGCAGCGUCGCGACGAUGAGUUUGCAAAGUGCAUGGAAAAGCGUGGCUAUGAACUGAAACCCGUUGAGGAGGAUGGCGCCUGCCUGUUUCGCUCAAUAUCUCUACAAAUCUACGGAGACGAGGAGAUGCACGAUGUUAUACGACAGCACACAAUGGACUAUAUUCAUGAGAAUCGCGAAUACUUUGGACAAUUUGUCACUGAAGACAUCAAUGGGUACAUUCAGCGUAAACGAGCACGCGAUGCACACGGCAAUCACAUCGAGAUACAGGCCAUAUCAGAGAUCUACAGUCGCACAGUGGAAGUCUAUUGUUAUCAGUCGACUCCCAUUAACAUCUUUAAUUCGGAGCAAUCGCAGGCUGGUUACCCGCCGUUGCGUCUUUCCUAUCAGAGAGGCUCGCACUACAAUGCCAUACUAGAUCCCUACAAUGCCACUGUUGGCGUCGGCUUAGGCUUGGCUGGUUACAAGCCCGAGAUUCAGACAAAGGAGGCAGUGCGUCUUAGCGAACAGCUGGAAAUUGAGCAGACCAUGUUUGAGGAUAAGCUGAAGACAACAGACUGGGAAGCCACCAAUGAGGCCAUCGAGGAGCAAAUUGCACGCGAAUCCUAUUUACAGUGGUGCCGUGAUAACAUGCAGCGCUCACGCAGCAACAACACAGCCGCCGGCUCGACUACAUCAUCGACAGUGACCUCAGCGGAAGCACUGACCGAUUCGGAUGCUUCACCUUCCAAGUACUCGAGUGAUGGAUGUGGCGGCAGCAGCAAUAAUAAUAACAAUGGAAACAACACAGCCGUAAGCAGCACCAAUGUCAGCGAUGGCACAACCGUUGGCUUUACGCUAUCGCCGAAAAGUCUCAGCCAAUUCUCGCACAAGCUGCCGCCCGAGAUGAACGAUCUGGGUGGCUAUGAAAGUGAUGCAACGGACAUGAGCAGCACCAGCUCGGUGGGACAUUGUGGCGGCGGUGGCAACUCCUCGCCCAAUUCAGCAACUGCCCAGCGUGCCAAUAAGCUAUCCAAAUCGCAGCGUCGCAGCAAUCCCUUACGCAGCAGCAAGAAGCGUCGCCACGAGGCGCGUGAGGCAAGCAACAACCUGGAGACACUCGAGACGCCGUUACGUAAGAGUCCCAAACGUGAUGCAGCGCCAGCCACACCAAGAGCUCACACCCCGGAGGCGGAACAGCGACCUUGCACCUCCAAGCAGUCAUCCCAGUCGCCGCCAAAGCGCGUCGAUGCGCAGACAACGCCCAAGCAGAGUUAUUCUAGCUUCUAUCAGGAGCUGCUAGAGGCAUCCUAUGCCAAUGAUGGUAUCAAUGAGAGCGAGAUGCUGCAGCAGGCUAUUCAAAUGUCCACACGUGAUUAUAUCGACGAUCAGAAGCGGAAAUAUUUCUGUGGACCGUAAGACAGGAAAGUGUCGGAGUGCUCCGUCUAGUUCUUUUGUACAGUGAUUGAAGUCGUCAUUUUCGCAACGAAAACGAAACACAAUAAAUUAACCAAAAACACACACACACACAUACCCAACACACGCACGCACACAGAUGCUGUACGAGUAAUAAUAAAAAUUGUUGAGUGAUGAAGCGGCUGCAGGA